AUUCUAAUUAAAUUAUUUUGAAAUAUCAUUUAAUAGGCAAUUAAACUAUUUGUAUACGUUGUUUUUUCAAUACACUUUCAUGCCUCAAUGUUGUGCGGUAUUAUCUAGCCUAUUUAACAGCAGGCGGUAGGCGUAACCAUCUAUUGUCUUAUGCAGUGCAAAAGGCACUCCUGACGAAAAGGACUACGGCAGAACAUGGAUGUGGAUGCCGGAUGGUGACGGCAAACCUCAUAUUGCUUACUUAACUGAGCCACCGCAGGAUAGUCAACAAGACGAUUUACCUGAAUUUGUCAAUGUAGAGCUUUUCGAAGGCUCGAAUACAGCCAAUCCUACAACAAUGCAAAUAUCCGUGGCGAAUUAUAUGCGCAGACAGGACGAACCACAUAGCCGUCAGAAGCGGGAUACUUGGGAAGAAAUGGCUGGCAAAUUCAAUGCCGACUUGGAUACGAAAAUUUUAGUACACGGUUGGAAGUCUAGCACCACCAGUGAUUCCAUACAGUCGAUACGUGGUGCAUAUACAAUGCGUGGGAAUUUGAAUAUUUUUGCUAUCAAUUGGCGCGAUCAGGCGGAUAAUAUUUACUACUUGAAACCCGCACGCUACACAGUGCAAGUAGGCAGAGCAGUAGCCAAGCUAAUUGAUCUACUCGUCGAAGAAAAGGAUGCCGAUUCGAAACGUAUACAUUUGAUCGGUCACAGUUUGGGAGCGCAUAUCAUGGGUUAUGCUGGUUCGUAUACUAAGUAUCGUGUGGGUAGAAUCACAGGUCUUGAUCCCGCCAGACCUGCCUUUGAAAACUGCAGUGGUCCCGAGCACCAUUUAGAUCCCUCCGACGCUGAUUUCGUUGACGUGAUACAUAGCUGUGGUGGAAUUUUAGGCUUUCGCGACCCAAUAGGAUUUGUAGAUUUUUAUCCAAAUGGCGGUGGCGCACCGCAACCGGGUUGUACGGAAAUUUCGCAAAUUUUCACCGGCUGCAGUCACGGACGUUCCUAUGAAUAUUUUGCUGAAUCCAUACACAGCGAAAAGGGUUUCUAUGCAGCCCCUUGUGCCUCGCUAAAGGAAUUGAUUGGGCGAAAUUGUACUGGCCCGAAAAUAUUAAUGGGCGACCCUGUGCCUUUGUCAGCGCGUGGCAUCUAUUAUUUGAAAACUGGCAGCAAACCAGGCUUUGCGUUGGGUUUGGAUGCUUAAAAGACAGAGAGAGAGAGGGUGAAGAUAUCGUUAAAAUAAUAUGUAACGGAUAUGAAAAUAA